AUGAAAGUGAAAUUAGCCGCAUUCUACUUAACAGGCACUGCUGAAUUAUGGUGGAGGACUGUAAAACAAACCGCCAUAGAUUCUACAUGGGAAGAAUUUAUAAAGAAGCUUCGUGAUCAAUUUUACCCACCCUCGCUUCAGAGAAAGAAAGAGAAUGAAUUCUUGUUUCUGAGGCAAGGAACUAUGUCAGUGAUCGAGUACGCAAGUAAGUUCAGAGAGCUGGCUAGAUUCGCUACCGAAAUAGUGAUCUCUGAUCGAGGCAAGGCGAUUAGAUUUUUCGAAGGUCUGAACCUCAGGAUCCAAAAAGGCACUCCUAGAUAUCAAGAUUUUGAUGAUUUGUACAAUCAAGCCUUGGAGUACGAGCGUAUUUUGGAAAAAGAAGACGGGUUUAAUAAAAGAAAGAAUGAAUCUAGUGGGGGCAGUAGGUACAAGAAGGCCAGGAAUGAAGGGAAGAAGCCGUUUCAGACUGUAGCAAGGCCGACACAGUGGAAAUGUAGGUUAUGUGGAAAAGAUCAUCGAGGCCGAAACUGUAAUGGGAAGAUUGUAUGUUACAAGUGUCACAAGGAGGGACAUCUGGCUAGUAACUGUGGGGAAACGUUCAAUCUGAGCAAAACAACAUCAGAAGCUGCAGGAAACAGAGCAUUUGGCAAUCAGAGGAAUGAGACUAAAGCAUCAGUAGGCCUGCAUGCAAUUGGAGAUCAUUAUGAUGGUUUACACCAGGAGUUUGAAGUUGAAGAUGCUGCAGGUAACUUUACAUGAAGUUAUUAAGAAGCUAUAGUAUUGUCUGUGUGAUGUUAGUAUAUAUGUAGUUUAUAUUACGGGUAUGUAAAAACGAUAAUUAUGUAUUAAAGAAAGAUGUAAUACGUAAAAUUAUAUUUUAAUGAUUUAAGUUUUCUUUGUUUUUAUUGAAAAUUCUGUUUUGUCUUAUUUGUUUUUCGCAAUAACCACGGUACGAUAGACUUCCGCUUAGCAUUA